CCCUCAGCUGGGGGAUGUGCCUGCUUGCAUGGCGCUCUUUAUUAUGUCUCUCUUCUUCCUUUUCUUUUACACAUAAAGCUACAAGGAUGAUUCCGUUUAACAGUUUUUGUCAAGUUUUUCGUUAGCUAAGCUAGCAUAGCUGAAUAAUUAGCUGUUUACAGGGUCCCAGCAGAAAUGGAUCCGCGAGUGUCGGAGCUUUUCGGGACAGGUUCCGCUUUCAGACCCGGCGCUGCUGCCGCCGCUGCUGCCGGAACCGCUUCAGCUUCAAAUGCUGCGGCAGCGGCGCCGAAAAAGGCGCCUUCAAAAAAUGUCAAAAAGACAAAAAGCCGUUGUGCCCGACAUCCCAAAUCGAACAAAAACCCACCGUAUCUACCUCCGGAGGUUGAAGAGGGAAAUAUAGAGUACAAGCUGAAGCUGGUGAACCCCACACAGUAUCGCUUUGAGCACCUGGCCACACAGAUGAAAUGGAGGCUGCAGGAAGGCAGAGGAGAGGCUGUGUAUCAAAUCGGGGUGGAAGACAAUGGCUUGCUGGUUGGAUUAUCCGAGACAGAUAUGAGAGCUUCGCUCCGGACCCUCCACAUGAUGGCUGAGAAGGUGGGUGCUGACAUUACAGUUCUCAGAGAGAGAGAGGUGGAUUAUGACUCAGAGGAGCCUCGUAAAAUUGCAGAAGUCCUCGUCAGGAAAGUGCCAGAUGACCAGCAGUUCCUGGACUUACGGGUAGCUGUGCUGGGUAACGUGGACACGGGGAAGUCCACUCUCCUUGGUGUUCUCACACAAGGCGAGCUGGAUAAUGGCAGGGGCAGAGCACGACUAAACCUCUUUAGGCAUCUCCAUGAGAUUCAGACAGGGAGGACCUCCAGUAUCAGCUUUGAGAUACUAGGCUUUAACAGCAAAGGAGAGGUGGUGAAUUACAGCGAGUCAAGAACGACAGAGGAAAUCUGCGAGAGCGCUUCAAAAAUGAUAACCUUCAUAGACUUGGCUGGUCAUCAUAAAUAUCAAAAGACUACCAUCUUUGGCCUCACCAGCUACUGCCCUGACUUUGGCAUGCUUGUGGUCAGUGCAAACACUGGCAUUGUGGGCACCACACGGGAGCACCUUGGCCUGGCCAUGGCUCUGACAGUGCCAGUCUUCAUCGUGGUUAGCAAAGUGGAUCUAUGCACAAAAGCCACAGUGGAGAGAACUGUACGGCAGCUGGAGCGCUUCCUCAAGCAGCCUGGCUGCAACAAAAUUCCACUGGUGGUGAACAGCAAAGACGAUGCCGUCACUGCAGCCCAGCAGUUUGUACAGUGCCCCAGCAUCACACCAAUCUUCACGUUGUCCAGCGUAUCAGGGGAGAAUCUGGAGCUGCUCAAGGUGUUCUUUAACAUCCUGCCUCCCCUCAGCAACAGCAAAGAGCAGGAGAAGCUCAUGCAGCAACUCACUGAGUUCCAGGUUGAUGAGAUUUAUACAGUACCUGAUGUUGGGACUGUAGUGGGUGGAACUCUUUACAGUGGUAUCUGUCGAGAGGGGGAGCAGUUAGUGGUAGGGCCGAUGGAUAACGGCCAGUUCUGCGAUCUCACCGUGUGCAGCAUCCAGAGAAACCGAUCAGCAUGCAGGGUGCUUCGAGCAGGACAGGCAGCUACUCUGGCACUGGGCGAGUUUGAUCGCUCAUUGUUACGAAAGGGAAUGGUGAUGGUGAGUCCAGAGAUGCAUCCCACUAUCUGUUGGAUGUUUGAAGCUGAGAUUGUUCUGCUCUUCCAUGCUAAGACCUUUCACAAGGGCUUCCAGGUGACUGUACAUGUGGGCAACGUGAGACAGACCACCACAGUGGAGGCUCUGCAAGGGAAGGAGGAGCUGCGCACAGGUGAGAAAGCAGUGGCAAGAUUCAGGUUCAUCAAGCAUCCAGAGUACCUCAAAGUGGGAGCCAAGCUGCUGUUUAGACACGGAGUUACCAAAGGCAUCGGACAAGUCACCAAGCUCCAACCAUUGUCCCAGUACCAACACCAAACAUAGAGUCUCAUUCUUGUCCUCUCUGCCUCUACUGGGUCAGAGGAUACAAGCACAUACUAUAAAAAUACACCAGUCCUUCAGUCAUCCUCAGAGUCUCAUUUUGUAUUCCCCCACAACCCUAGAAUCAUUUGCAUUUUCUUUUCUUCUACCAAAGGCUUUCGACACUGACCUCAAGCUUUUUUUUUUUUUUUUUUUUAAAUUAUAUAGAUUCACUUUCUCUUUAGAUAUUGGUCUGGUUUAUAGAUUUCCUUUAAUAUUUUUUUAACUGUAGCAAUAAGAAUAUAAGGAAGUGAGCUGGUUCUGUUUUAAACAUAAAUGCAAAGGACACCAUAUCAAGGGUAGAUUUGAAGUCAAGUAGCUGUUUUUGUCAGUAAUGAUGGACACCUAGCAAUUUAAGGAUUUUUAAAGCAAAUGUCAAACCAACUGGAUGGCUGAUUGGGUAAAUGAUAGCUGAGCCUUAAUGCCGCCAGCGUUAUUUACCCCAUCAGCAUUGUUUGUUUGUUUGACUUUUUUCCUCUUUACAGCCUUUUAAUGAGCUCUUUGCACAAACUGUUCACACUCAUUUAACCACAAAAUACAAGCAGAGUAAAAGCAUGAGCAUGCUUCAUCACAACUUCAGAGUUUAGUCCCAGCCUUUAUGUCUCUCUCUCUCACACACACACACACACAAGAAUAUGUGUUGGAACUAAACUCUGCAGCUUGGUAGAUCUCCAGGAAAGGUAUUGGAAACCUUUAUAUUAAUAAUUAAAGGCAACAGACUUUAGGAUCAUUUUGAAGGAGAGUUACUUUUCAUGGGUGUCAAAGUGUAAUCAUCUGUAGCCAAUGUCUUCACAAGAAAUUCAAUUUAAUGGCAGCUGCAAUGGUGAUUGACUUUUAUCUUGUCAACCAACUUUUAAAAUGAACCUUUCACAGCAUAAACCAACUUAAACCUGCUAACAGUCUGUUGUCUUCUGUAAAAGGAUGACACACAUGAAACGAGGCACUUUAACGUAGUGGCAGGCUCAGGCUUCACAGGGUUGGACGUUUCAGCUCAGUAAGACACACUGAAGGUGUCUCCCACUGCCUUAUCACCAUGUGGUUCUCUGUGCUUCACUGUUGCUGAAUACCACUUUGUAUGAGAAUAUCAGUGUUUUUCCUGUUUGUUGUAAUGUCGUUUAUGUUGAUAUUCUUGCCUACACUCAAGUGCUUUAGUUGCUCAGGAAGUGUUGCUUGUUCCUCCUUCACAUUGACCCUAGAUCAACUUGAGUGGCUCCUGAAGGAUGAAACCCGUCUCUCAGUAGCCCGUAUCUCUGCUGCUCUUUUACUGAAUAUGCACUGCAGUGCAAAAUGCAGAAGUUUUCAUAAUCCGGUAUGUCACCGAUUGUUGUUAACCGUCUUCUAUUUUUCUCUAGGUUACUAAUAUCACAAUGUUAAAUCGAGGUGCUCUUUCAUUGUGCCUUGAGCCUGACAAGCUCCUUUGCGAAGUUUGCUGUCGAACCCCACACAGUUUUUGUAGCUCUUUAAACUUGGUGCUAACCCUUUACUCUUUACACAAAGAGGGUUGAUACAUUAGUUUCUAAACCCUGACGAUGUGUCUGUCUACAACAACCAGUUUAUGCAUGUCAAGUUCUCGUAUGUACCACAUUAAGGCACAUGUUAACACCUUUAUAUGUUUUUCAAUGUGUUUCUUGUGCAAUUUUAGAAUUAGGAAAAACAAAUGUAUUUAAAACCAAAAUGGAAAACAAAGUUUCAGUUAUUUUGUUACUUCUAGUUUUAUCAAGUCUUCUACUUUUGAAACCCUCUAUUAGUGUCUUUUUUUCUGGGCUUCCUAUGAAGAGAGACACUGGGAAAAAAAAGUUUUUAUUUUUACCUCCCAUCUAAUUUCUUAAAGAAUUUUAGAAGUUUAGCUUUUUUUUUUGGUGAAUUGAUGGAAAAAAUAAGUUUGUAUAUUUAUGAUGUGUAUGUAUAUAAUAUAUAUAUAUAUAACAAAAUAAAAUGUUCAUGACUGA